AUUCCACCCUUCUUUCAUCGUCUUCUUCUCUUUCUUUUUAUCUUUGCUUCAUUUUCCGAGAAAAUGUUGAAUCUGACGGAAAAUCCAAAGCUGGACUCGUCAUCUUCCAACGAGAUAUCCAUACAAAAUAUAUCAGUUUCGGAUCAUAAUAAUGGCUUUCAAUACACAACGGAUAAUAAAACCGAUAGCUUUGUUCUCGACUUGGAAGGUUUCUCUCAUGGAGGAUCCAAUAAAGAAAUCACUCAGAAUUCAAGAUUUACAAAAAGUCUUUCUCGUAAAGGGUCUCAGAGAGGAGGGGACAAGAAGAUUAUAAGCUUCAAUUGUACAAAUUCAAAUUGUAAAUCGUCUCUCAAUGAUAAAGAUGCUUUUGUUGCCACCUCCCCGAGAGGGUCUAGCACUGCUGAAAAGCCGGUGACGGCCGCUGUAGGGUCAACUGAUAUGGCCAACAAUCCGCAAGCUCGUCAUCAGAUCACCAUUACAACUGGCAAUAUCACCGCUCUAACCGAGAGCAGAUUUAAUCUCAGGAGAAACAAUUCCCGACGACAUGCUUCCCAAUGGAUUUUCGAUCCCAAAAGGCUUCUGUUUCUCUUUGCCACACUAUCGAGCAUAGGAACGAUUUUGCUGAUAUAUUUCACAUUGUCGAUUUACAAAACGAACGGAGAUGGGGAUGCUUUCGAUUAGGACAUAGCCGGGGACUAUACUCACCAACUUACUGGUAACUAAGAGCAACAUUGCAACAUGACAUACACAUGGGAGAUCAGACCGGAAAACCGAUGGGAGUGGUUGAGAAUGAAGAGGAAGGUUGAAGAAAGAAAACAAAAGGGAAAGAUUAUAUGAAUCUUCCAUUAAAGAUAGCUUCAUGUGUAGAGAGUUAUAAAAAAAUCAAACUUUGGAGAUGAUGACAAGUACAUAAAUCCACUGUGAUAAAGAUGCGGAAUCUUU